UUGCCGCCCUGCCGCAAUUCCUCUGUGUCAUGGCUCCCGUCGCCUAGCAACAGCCACGGGUCCGGCGGCCGCCGCCGGCAGCAGGAGCAGACGUGUCGCGGAGACCCCUCCAGGAACCGGAGCAGAAGCGCCGAAUCAACUGCAGCUCCGCCGGCGGCCGAGAGGAGCGACCAGCUUCCGGAGGCGGCGGCGGCGGCGGCGACAACCACAACAAGAAGAGCAAGCAGCAGCAGCAGCAGCAGCCGCCUCCGCCAGGCGGGAAGCGGGGGAAGGCAGAGACCGCCCGGCGCAGGGCGAUCCCCAGCGAGGCCGGCAAGGAAGGAGGAUGCCGAGAAGAGGAGGAGCGGGAAGCGCAGUUCGGAGAAACUCCUUCUUGCCGCCCUCCUCCUCCUCCUCCUCAUCAUGGUCCGCUUCCGUGGAUGCGAGGAAGCUGCCGAUCGCGGUGCAAUCGCUGCUUUAAUGGGGAUUUAUUGGAGCCAGCGGCCGCGCUAAAGAGCCGGAAGGGAGCCAGCCAGCCAGCCAGCCGGCGCAGCGAAGACCGGGGAGGGGGGGCAGCGGCAAUUGUGUGCCUUCUUCUUUGGCGAGGGGUCCCUUGCCGGCGGGGCUGCAAAGUUUCUCCAUGGUUUCUCGUCGGUCCCCGAGGAACUUGCCCGGGGCUUGGCCCUCCCCCGAUUUCGCCCGGUAAGGGAGGGACGUGGGGCUUCAACGACGCGGUGGCAAAACGCUGCCAUUUUGAGCCACCGAUUCACCCGGAGAUCCUGAAAACCCACUGCCUGUCCCGCGCACGCACGCGCGCGCACAUACAGACACACAUACAAGCACACACGCAGACACUUGAAACCCGCCUGCUCAACAAGGCUGGGGCUGUGAUGAUGGCUUGAGUUCAUCAGGAUCGCUUCCCCCCCCUUCUCGCCCUCCCCUCGCGCCCCACCUUCCCUUCAGAGCAGCAGCGUUGGCUCCCUUUCUUUCCGGAAAACUCGGGGGUGGCGGGAGAGAGGGAGAGAUGGUGUUGGGAAGGUUAUGAAAUGAGGGACGGAGGCGCAGCGCCGGGAAGGGGCUCGGACUCCGGGGCGCAGGAGAGGGCAGGGGCGAGGCGUCCGAGAGGUUGAAAGUACCUUUGGUGGAUCGGUUCUUCAAGGAGUGAGUUACUGUGAUUUGGGAAAAAGUUGGACGAUCUGGCGGUCCCUGGCCGGGGACUUGCUCGAGAGCCGGCGGCAUCCCUCCGCGCUCCUUGGAUUGCCCGCUCGGGGCCCUUUGAUCCGCCGCCAGACGGACUGUGCAUCAUGCGGGGAUUGUCGGAGGCGUCCUUCCGAAAGUGUCCCCCCGGAAGCGCUGGCAAACUUUGCUAAUUACACGAUGUAGGACGACGCAGCACCAGGAACUGGAGCUGCUGUCAGGAACAGUGCCCAGGAUAGCCAGCCAUGAUCGCCACUGGAGGCCUCUUGAGGAUUUCAGCCAGGAAACAGGAUCCCUUGAGACCUCAGAGCCAAGUCCCGAAACGCAAGCGCAAAGUCAAAAAGAAACGCAAGAAUGAUGUGGUGGUGGUGAAGGGUAAACUCAAGCUGUGCUCCGUCUCAGGCCUCAUUGCUCUCUGCGGUAUAUUGGUGCUGCUUGUGGGAAUUGCAUUGGCGGUAGUAGGCUACUGGCCCAAGCCCCUUUACCGGGCAGGGAACCUUGGGGGCAAACAGUUUUCACCACCACAUGGGAGUGCUGCCCAAAGCCACUCCAGAAAUCAGACAGAGGACUCAGGAGAAUCUCACCCGGAAGGCUCAAGAACAAAUUCCUCUUCCACAGGUAGCAAGAAGAUCCUCCUUCCGUCCUCACCUGCCCCCUCACCCACCUCAAGAGGCUUCCUUUUUCAGCUUUUCUCAAGAUAUUUGCAUUCAGACAAGCUUAAGGUGCUUGGACCCCUCAUUAUGGGCAUUGGCAUUUUCCUUUUCAUUUGUGCCAAUGCUGUGCUUCAUGAGAACCGCGACAAAAAGACCAAGAUAAUCAACUUGAGGGACCUGUACUCCACGGUCAUAGAUGCACACAGCCUUCGAACCAAGGAUGGGGCCUCCUCAUCUGCUGUUGCCCCAGUGCCAAUCAAUGGCUUUGUUAACUAUGUACAACCCCGGGGACUUGAGCUGAAGCCUGGCAGCAGUUCUGGGGAAGCCUUAGGGGCUCCUGCCAUGCUAGCCAAGACCAUCUGGCAUCCUGCGGUGAGUGCUCCCCUCUCCCCUCCAGACUUGGCUUCAUCACCACGCCGCUUAUCCUUCUCUUCCCAGCAGCAACAGCCCCCUAGCUUGGCUGAGGCUGUGUACAGCAUCUACCGGGAGAGAGCAGCCUUGUCUAGGACUUCUCGCAGCCCACCUUGUAGCCCCCCUGGUGGCUGGGACCAGCGUAGCACCACCAGCUCCAUUGUGGGUUCCUCACUCAGCACCUUCACUUUGCUGCCACUGGCUCAAGGGGAGGUAUCCGAUGGAGACCACAGGCACUGGCAGAGGCCACUGGGGGAACGAGGGUCCAGGGAAAUCCCUCGGGGAGAGUUUGAACUCAGCCUGAAAGAUCUCAGGAGCAGCAGUGUAGACACUGAACAAGCACAUAAAAUGCUGCCCCAGAGGGGCAAGCGCAAGCUAGUUCUUCGGCGCCAGAGCACAAGCUGCCUCCCUGAUUUCAGGAGAUCCUUCUCCCCUGAACCCUCUCAGACUCUGGGAAGUAGCACUGACCUAGACUCCAGUCUUUUAGUUAAAGCUUCAUCUUCCAUGUACUCCAAAUCCCUUAAUCUGGGGGACUCUCCCCCUCCAGCAUCACCUGUGGGAAGGAGAGAUUCCCAGAGCUCUCAGUAUGGUCAAUACCAAAGCAAUAAGGGCUACACCCCACUGGAGGAGACAGGCACCUCUUUGGAAUCUGUUGCCAACACCCCAGCCCAUAAACCCCAAGACUGUGAUGUGAGCCCCAGCGGGGAUGCUGGCUCCUCUUCCAAGGAGGCCAGCAAAGAGCAAACAGAGCAGCAGCCUUUGAAAAUCCAGAGACAAUAUACAAAUAAAGAGAAACUUUUCAUGAUCUCCAGAUCAGAUGCCACAAUCAGGCUGGAGGAGGGAGAUCUGGAAGACACAGUCAUUUCCACCAAAUAAAAAUGGAGACAAGCACUGAAAUGACUUGUGAUCCUUCUGCCCCCUUGUGGAUCGAGGAAACUGGUCAAUACCCAAAGAGCUGAAGUACACUAUCCUUGAAUUGCAUCAAUAAAUUCCUGUCAAUGUCUUCAGGAAAAACAAAAAAACAGGAGUUUGUCGUGUUCAGUUCUGAUUCUAUAUUUCAAGCAAGCCAAAAUGCAUUGCACAUUGACAGUACAGUAAAUUCUUUGGAUCAAAGGAAAUGGAACAUUUUGACAGUAAUUGUGCACUUUACUGAUUUUUAAUUCUUGUUGAACUUCUCUCUCUCUCUCUCUCUCUCUCUCUCUCUCUCGCCAUGGCUCUAAUUGCACCCUCUUUCCCCAGCUUCAGAGCAAGACAGAACUUCAAGUCAUGAAAACUGAUCUGUGUUUUAAUGUUUGGUUAGAACGAGUACCUUUUUGCAGAUUUUAUAGAUGGAAUACUAUUGCAAAUGGCUAGAGGGGAAGGGAAACCUACAGCUUUAAUCUCUGUUAAAGUGUCAGCAGAGGAAAGAUGGCAGAUGGCACUAGUUAGCACUGUGGCCAACCAGCUGAAAUUCUACAUUCCUACAUUUAAAUAAUGAAGAAUUUAUUAAAUAAUAUUGCACAUGUAUAAACUAAUAGCAUUAAUAACCAUUUUUAAAAUAAAUAAAACAUGUUUACAAUGACAACGUAUAUUUAGCUAAUGUUUUACUUCCAGCUAAAUUAUUACAAGCAGAAUUAGUGUUAUUUUCAGGAUACACCUUUUUUUUAAGCCAGGAAAAUUAUUUGCAUGUCUUGUGGUCAGGGUAGCAACAGCCAAAGCUUUCUUAAAAGGAGGACAGAAGGGCCCUUGAUUUGAUUAAGCUAAUCCUAUACAUGCCUACUGAGAUGUAGUUUCCACGAAAAUCAGUGGGGCUUGUCCCUAGAUUGCCAGGCACAGGACUGCAGCCUUAGCAAACAAAAAAGUCAUAGGCAAACAGGAGAAUCUGGGAUAUGAUCCAGGCAAAGAGAAAGAAGCAAGGUUAAAAUUUAUUUCAGUAGGAGAGAAAAGUAAACUCCUCUAUAAUUCAUCUAUUGAAAGAUGAAAUUCAACAGGAAUCUUAUUCAUAUUUAUUCCAAUAUAAGAACCAAAUAAAACAUAAUUUUAAUUGUGUGAAUGUAAUUAG